AUGAAAUCAGAACGUAAUGCUGUUAUUAAAAAUAUACGAAUACUUUUAAAAACUCUAGGUAUAGAUCAACAAGUCGAUGAAGAAACAACAGAGACAGGUACCAACAACGAUUCCUUAACACAUCAAAAACGUAUUAAAAUAGACACUGUACACGAUGUUCUCAAGUCUUUUAAUGCAUUUGUAGACUCAUCAUCAGACGAUGAUGAUAAGAGGCCGAUGGAUAAAGUAGAUGAUUAUAUUAAAGCGAAAAUAUCAUACCCAAAAGGAGAAUCACUUUUACAACGGUGGUUAUCAUUAUUGGCAUGUUCGCUCUUAGCAGUACCUGCAGGUUCUGCUGUAUCUGAAAGAAUAUUCAGUAAAACAGGUCGGAUUCUUGAAGUUCGACGUCAACAAUUAUCACCAGAAUCACUUGACUCUCUUAUUUUUUUACGAAAUUUUUCAGUUGUUUUGUAUAAAUUGAAGAUGUAUUAUUGA